CUUGUUAGAGCUAACAGUCCCUGAACAAUCUGUGGCGAGUCACGAGCCGCCCAAGCUCUGUCGUCAGCUGCCAAUCAACUGCAAGGAUGUCUUUGAAGCAUGUGACUGACGAAGCAGGGGAUUCCUUGAUGUUGCUAGAAGUUGAUGGUUUCCUCUUCGCCCCCGACCUGUCGGCAGAUGUCGUCAAAGGUCUCGGUCAGUUUCCCUUCCGGGAUGACGACGUUAUGGUGUGUUCGUAUCCCAAGUCAGGUUGUCAUUGGGUGUGGGAGAUACUGCGCAUGCUACAGGAAGGAACUCUUGACGUGGCCGUACAAGAAAAAGAAGACCUGAUGAUGGAAUGGAAGACACCAGAGUUUAUGGACAAAUUCCCGUCGCCACGAGUUUUAAAUACCCAUGUGUUGUUGAGACAUCUAAAUCCAGAGCUCUUUGAGAAGAAGAUCAAAAUCAUCAUGGUUGUCCGUAACCCAAAGGACGUUGCUGUAUCUUUCUAUCAUCACCACAAAAAGCUCGUAGAGUAUGAGUACAAUGGGCAAUUUACAAAUUACGUUCCAAACUAUCUAGAUGGAAAGGUUGACUCCGGCUGUGUGUUCGACUAUACACGGGACUGGGAGAAGGAGAUUGACGAACACCCUGAACAUCCAAUACUUCUUCUCUGUUACGAGGACAUGAAAGAGAACCUCUUUCGUGAGGUGAAGAAGAUAGCAAACUUUCUAGGAAAGUCCUUUGAAGACGUCUUCUACCAGAAGAUAGCUGACAAGUGCACGUUUUCAAAGAUGAGGGACAGAAAGGGUGCAGUUCAUACAGAAUGGGGUGACAACAUAUUCUACAGAAAAGGUGAGGUGGGAGACUGGAAGAACUGGUUUACAGUUGCCCAAAGUGAAUGGUGUGACCGCAUAUGUGAAGAGAAAAUGUCAGGCUCCAAAAUAAUAUUCCGGUAUACUUUGGACGACAACACAGAAACAAACAAUAACGAUGGUGGGUCGUGAAUACAGUUACCUUUGUCCGUGUUCGUGUAUUAACCAAGGGCUGAAGAGAGAAGAGCAUUAACAACCGUAUCCUGAGCAAGUGACAAUUGUUGUGGUAGUUUUAAUCAAAAACAAAUAUGGAUAUUAUGUUGAAAAUAUUGUUCGUAAAUAACGGUUCACCUUUGGUUUUUUUUAAUGUUAUUUGAUAUGAUACUGAAUUAUAUAUUUUUUCAUUGAAUUUUUUUUUCACCAACUGUUUGUUUGAGGUAACCAUAGUUAGGAAUGUGAUGCAUAUAGCUGUACACUGAUAUAACAGUUAAUCCCAGUUCAUCACACAUCAGGGAAAAGAUAGUAUGCAUAAUUUUUUUUAUGGUGGCUGAACAUAACAAAAGACAACAAUGGUUAUUGGUAUUGGUGAGGUAUAUGAUACGCUAAUCAUGGCUGAUUUGAACUAAAGUUUUGAUAACGUCUGUAAAUUUUGGCCAAAUCCAAUUUUAUAACUUUUGUUAUUUCGAAACUAUUCAUACAUCAAUGCGGCAUUGUACAUGAAAGUGUUAUUUUACGUUCAAAGAUAUUUUAAAAUUAGAACCAGACCUAUUGCAAUAACCUUUUAAUCUUAGAUUAUUAUUUAUAAAAUUAAGAACAACUAAAGACAGACUUCCAACUGAAGCUGGGCACUGGGUAAAUGUAUCAAGGGAAAAUAGAAUCUGUACAUAAUCUAAUUUAGAUGUCUGUGAUGAAUUCCACUUUUUCUAAUUGUCUGUCCGCCACUCUCUCCUCGACGUCAGACCUAUCUACCUAAAUAUUACUGCUCAAAUCCAACUGUUGCCAAAUUUGUCCAUCUUAUGAAUGGUGAUUAUAAUCCAAUUAUACUAAAAAAUAGCAAAAUGUGUUAAAGAAUGUAUGUGUCUUCUUUAUAUGUGACUGUAUGUUCUCUAUACCACUUUGUGUGAUUUUUUAUGACAAUAAACAUCUGCUCUUUUCUGGAAACUAUUGUUACACCAUUGCUACAUUGAACAUCUUGGAAACUAUCGUUAUAUCAAUGCUACAUUGUACAUCUUGGAAACUAUUGAUACAUCCAUGCUACAUUGUACACGUUGGAUGCUAUUGUUGCAUCAAAUUCCUUAAUACAUUGAUGCUACAUUUUACAUCUCUGAAGCUAUUGUUAUACCAAUGCUACAUUGUACAUCUUGGAAACUGUUGAUACAUCCAUGCUACAUUGUACACGUUGGAAGCUAUUGUUGCAUCAAAUUCCUUAAUACAUCGAUGCUACAUUGUACUUGGAAACUAUUGUUAUACCAAUGCUACAUUGUACAUCUUGGAAACUAUUGUUAUGCCAUUGCUACAUUGUACAUCUUGGAAACUAUUGAUACAUCAAUGCUACAUUGUACGCGUUGGAAGCUAUUGUUGCAUCAAAAUCCUAAAUACAUUGAUGCUACAUUGUAUAUAUUGGAAACUAUUGUUGCAUUGAUACAACAUUGUAUGACCUUGUUUAGUCAUUUGUACCUGUAGAAUUGAAUAAAUCGUCAUAUAUCCCUG